AUGGAUCCUUCGGGAAGCCAUUCGGCCCUCGCAACAGAUAACAGUGAUGACGAGAAUAGACGACCUAGCGUCUUCGACGUGGAUCACUUUUGCACCGUGACGUCUCUGAUUCAGCAGGAGAAGUACGAGGAUCUAUUACCCCUAGCCAUGAAGAAGGAUCCUCCACUCAACCUCAUGGAGGACCCUGUGCUCAACGUCGUCAUCGAAUACAAGAAGACCGACCUCGCCAAACGGCAGAUUCAAAACAUGCCCGCGGAGAAGAAGCCCGCGGAGAAGCCCGGACCGCUGUGGUACGCUAAUUACCACGGCGACACGGCUCUCCAUGUCGCGGCCACCAACUCAGAACUCGUCAGUGCACGCAACUGGAAGAACGAGACACCGCUGCACAAAGCGGCGCUGUACGGGCACGAGACGAUGUUCUGGGACCUGGUGGAAAUGGGGUCGCACGCCCCGGACGAGCGGAGGGAGGACGGCGCCACCGUGCUGCACUGUGCCAUCAUGGGCAGCGCGCCGGCUUUAGCACUGAAGAUUGCCAAGACAUAUCCACCGCUGAUCACGUCGCGGAAUGAUGAUGCGGUGACUCCGAUGCAGCUGACGGUGACAAUUCCAGGGUUAUUCCGAAGCCUAACGAAUCUUGGGCCCUUAGAGGCCGUAAUUUAUAAGCUGAUUCCAUACGAAGACUCCAGCGAGCCACGUGCAGUAGAUGAAGAGACAACCAGGGUCUCGAGCGCUGUUGAAGGAGGUGCAAAAUAUAUCAAGCGAAAGGUUGUGUCUCUUCUGCCCCCCAAAACGUUUCGUUCGAAAUUCCCAUCUCACUACAGCAGUCUCUUUGACCUGCGGGAAUUGAUGUUCAUCCCAGCCAGAUGGGUUCAUUUGUUGCUUUUCCGCAUUCUAAAGCAAUUGUUCCCUAUGAUCGAACGUCUGGAGAAGCAAAAGAAAACCCACAAGGAAACCUUGGAACUGAUCGAGUUCUUAGCCUAUUAUCCUAGGCACAUGGAGUUCUAUUCCAAGGGAAGACGAAAAGGCAAGGAGGAAAGUCUUCUUGUUGGAGACAUCACCAGUUCUACAACAAGACAGUCUCCUCCGUCAACAGACGCUGGUGAAGGCCAAGGAGUAAAUGGAGGAGGGAACCGAGAUCAAGACUUUGAUAGGUUUGCGGAAAAGCUAUUUAUGUAUAUGUCGCACAAGGAUGCCAAUCACGAAGCAGUAGCAAAAGAGCUCAAGAAGAGCAUGAAGGAGUCGAUGGAGGAAGUGUCCGGUGAAUCCACAAUUAGAAGAUGGGACGAGCCGCCCCUGAUCUUGGGUGCACAAAUGGGUCUUCCUGAGUUCGUCAGGACGAUCUUGCUAGUAUGUUCGCAGGCAGCAGCAUACCUGGACACCAAGGGGAGAAGCGUUCUCCAAGUCGCAGUCAUGUAUCGUCGCGAGGAGAUUGUCAAGAUCAUAAUGGACAUGAGAAACAUUUUACCAUCCUGGUUAUUUUCCGAAAUCGAACCCAAAACCGGGAACACCAUCGUGCAUCUUGCUUCACGUGGAAGCCCUGAUGUAGCAAAGGAAGCGCAAGACGAACCGGAUGCAAUGCAACUGCAUUACGAUUUAGUAUGGUUUGAGACGGUGAGAGAUAUGGUUCCUAAGGAAUUAGUGUACAGUCGGAACGCGCAAACGAAGACCGCAGAAGAGAUGUUUACUGAGAGUCACCGAGCGAUGCUAAAGAGUUACAAGGGUCAACUAAUGGAAACGGGCAGGACGUGUUCAGGGCUUGUCGCUGCUGUAGUGUUCGCGUCGAGCUUCUCCAUCCCCGGCGAUAAGGACCCAGCGACCGGCAACCCGGUUUACUUCGGUAGGCCAGCUUUUAAGGUCUUCUCACAUGCGUACGUGAUUGGGUUGUCAUGCGCCGCCACAUCUCUGGUGUUGUUCUUAUCCCUCGCUAUGUCACCUUACAACGAGCAGCAGUUCCAUCGUAUCAUCCCAACCAAAUACUUCUUUGCCCGCUCGUCGUUUGCGAUGGCGAUGCUGUCUUUUCUGGUGGCGUUCACCUGCAACAUCUACCUACAGAUGUAUGGCUGGCAGAAGGCGAAGUCGAAGGACUUGAUUCCAUUCGUAUUGGAGCUCACCGUCUUCCCCGUCAUCUGUUUCCUGGUGUUGUUCUUUCGUGGCUCCGAUUUCGGUCUAUCUUUUCUUUUUCGUUCUUGGCGUUGAGUCAACAAGCAUGAUCGUCCACAUCCUUCGAAUCUGCAGCUUCAUGAUGUACGUGGGUUAUACCUAUUACGGUAUGCCGCCUGUUCCAGUGGUGUGUGGUGGUGGUAGUCAUUGGACAGUUAAUAACUUAUGUGUACAAGCAGCGACAAAGGCAUGUGAUGUAUGGACGCUAUUUGAUUGCAACUUUAAUGUGGUUUUUUAUCUUCUAUCUUCGAUUAGAUGAUGUCUGCGCAACGGUAGACAACAGAGCUGGUCACCAAUAAUGGUGAUGGCCCUCUCUAUUGUUUUUGACGAAGUCAAUAUGACACAACUGUUGACCGGAUCUCACCCUGUAUUGUAAUGUAUACUGUCACAUGUCGAGCGACAGAUUUCCCCUA